UGCUGCACUUAGGCUAGAUGUCGAGCAAAUGGCCCCAGAGUCAUUGGGAAAGGAUAGUGGCACUGAAGGAUUGAUCAUUCAGUGGGCAACAGGGUGAGCAGCUCCCAGCAGCAGCCUGCUCCUCAGGCUCUUGUCCAGAGCUUCCCAGUUCCUUUUUCCCUGCACAGGGUCUUCAGUUUCUUAGGGGGUACAACACAUUCACAGCAAUUCCUGAUCAAUAGCAUACUCCAGACUGCAGAGAGUCCUGCAGAGCCAGCCCCUUCCCAACAGCCCAGAAAUACACCCAGCCCCAGGUCUGAGCCUUGCUUGCACCUCCUCCAGCAAGAGGCCCUGGCUAUGCCAACCACAGCCACGGCUCCCUGUGCUCCAAGCAGGCUGGUUUUCCUCCCCUGGCACCACUGGUAGCCUGUUUUUCACAGAGGGCUGCUGGUCCUUGGCAGGAGGGGACCACAAGGAACCUCUGUAAUGAGCUGGGGCCGAGAUUGAGCCAGAAAAUCAUAGAAUGCAUUUCAGCAGGGACCACAGCCAGGCAGGGAGUGAGGGCUCUAGACUGAGCUCAGAUAAUCAGCUUCAACAGUGCUCCUGGCAUGUGGGUAAAGGGAUUGGGCCCAGGUGAGGUUCUUUGUGGUCAUUGAGGUCUGUUAGUGCACUCAGGCCCUGGCAAGCACCAAUUUAGUCAUAUUAAGACCAGGCAGUGUUAAUGUGUGUUGUAAUGAGGUUUCAUAGCAACAGCAGAGUGGUGGAGAGCUAUGCCUGUACCUGUUGCCCUUGGGCAGUCUGUGCAGAGGUUGCAAGAGCCAGAAGCCAGCUGACAGCAGAGCAGGAAGAGUAGCACUUCGAGUGUUGCCAGCUCUCCAUUCCUGUGCGGAUCCCUUGCUUGGCAGAGAGCCGGUGGUGGAGCGCAGCAUGGCAAAGAAGGUGGCCAUCAUCGGCGGGGGCAGCAGCGGGUUGUGCGCCAUCAAAGCCUGCCUCCAGGAGGGGCUGAAGCCCGUCUGCUUCGAGAGGACAGGCGACAUCGGAGGCCUCUGGAGGUUUGAGCUAGAGCUGAGCUGUGCCCCGCUCCCACAGGAGAACCCCGAGGACGGCCGUGCCAGCAUCUACCGCUCCGUCAUCAUCAACACCUCCAAGGAGAUGAUGUGCUUCAGCGACUUCCCCAUCCCUGAAGACUUCCCCAACUACAUGCACAACUCCAAGAUCAUGGAGUACUUCCGCAUGUACGCCCAGCACUUCGACCUGCUCCGCCACAUCCGCUUCAGGACCAGCGUGUGUCGCGUGUCCAAGCGCCCCGACUUCGCCAGCAGCGGGCAGUGGGAGGUGGUGACGGAGAGCGAGGGGAAGCAGGAGGCGGCCAUCUUUGACGCCGUGCUGGUGUGCAGCGGGCACCACACCAACGCUCAUCUCCCACUCAGCUCCUUCCCAGGAAUUGAGAAGUUCAAGGGCCGCUACCUCCACAGCCGAGACUACAAGGAUGCUCAGGCUUUCACAGACAAAAGGGUUGUGGUCAUCGGGAUUGGGAAUUCGGGGUCAGACCUGGCUGUGGAGAUCAGCCAAACAGCCCAGCAGGUCUUCCUCAGCACUCGCCGGGGUGCAUGGAUCUUCAACCGCGUUGGAGAUCGAGGCUACCCCAUUGACACCAUCUUAACCACCCGCCUGAAGACAUUCCUGCAGGGGCUGUUCAGCCCAUCCGUGGCAUGUGACUACAUGGAGAAGAAGCUGAAUGCCAGGUUCGAUCACUCACGUUACGGCCUGAAGCCGAAGCACAGGGUCUUUCACCAGCACCCAACCAUCAACGACGACCUGCCCAACCGCAUCAUUUCAGGCAGGGUGCGGGUGAAGCCAAACAUCCAGGAGUUCACAGAGACAUCUGCCAUCUUUGAGGAUGGCACCAGGGAAGAUGUCGAUGCCGUAGUUUUUGCCACAGGAUACAGCUUCUCCUUCCCGUUCCUUGAGGGCUGCGUGAAGGUGGUGGAGAACCAGAUUCCCCUCUACAAAUUCAUGUUCCCCCCUGACCUGGAGAAGCCAACGCUGGCUUUCAUUGGCCUCAUCCAGCCCCUAGGAGCCAUCAUGCCCAUCUCAGAGCUCCAGUGUCGCUGGGCCACCCGUGUCUUCAAAGGGCUGAACAAGCUGCCCCUGCAGCACAACAUGGAGGCCGACAUUGAGCAGAAGAAAGAAGCGAUGGCAAAGCGGUACGUGAAGAGCCAGCGGCACACCAUCCAGGUGGAUUACAUCCCUUACAUGGAUGAGCUCGCCUGCCAGCUGGGGGUCAAGCCGAACCUGCUCUCCCUGUUCCUCACAGACCCCAAGCUGGCCAUGGAGGUGGCCUUUGGUCCCUGCACGCCGUACCAGUACCGGUUGCGGGGCCCGGGCGCAUGGGCAGGUGCCAGGGAGGCCAUCCUCAGCCAGCAGCAGCGCAUCCUCAAGCCUCUGCAGACACGACACGUGGAAGAGAGCACCUCAGCCCCUGCCAUGCCCCUCAUCUUCAAGCUGAUUGGGGCUAUGGCCAUCCUGGCAGCUGUUUUUGCUUACUUGUAGGUGCCCUGCAAGCUCAAGAAGGGAGGCUUUUGUCCUGGGGUGACUCCCUAAACCAGGACAGCUUUGCAAUGUGCUGUGGGACUGGCUGGCCACCCCUGCCCCUUGGCAGCCUACCUGGUGGCAGAAACCUUCCUCCUGCCUGGCAUGUUCCAGCUCUGACCACACCAGGAACGAGAGAUGCACAGAACCUCCCCAGCUGCCAAAAUAAUGCUUGGGCUCUUGCUCCUCACCUCCCCUUGGGGAAUGCUGUCAUGGACAAAGGUGGAAAUGUGCUCACUGCAGGCUAAAUUCCAGUCCCUCUCAGCCAGCGCUCCAGGCUUUUCUGUCCCCUGUAACCCAGCCAUGCCAAUUUUGCCACAUGCACACCAGAGCUAAGCAGCAAAGGCACAGCACACUUUCUAAGUGGAUAAAUGCAAUAAACGGAUAUCCAAG